GGCAAAUAUUGACGGUCUCGAGCGAACAGAGUAACGGGCAUACGGUUUGACCGUGGUCGUGGUCGCGGUUAACAUUUUCUACGUUGCGCGGAACGCCGGUUCGCUUCGUUUGUACGGCUUUAAUUCGUAUCUAUCAAACACGUUGGACGCCAGAUUGCUAUCGUUUAGUUCCAAAGCCUUUUUUUCAAGCCUUACCAGAUCGAGUGGAUGUUCACCGUAAAUGGAGGCGCAAUAAUAUAUAGCGGAUGUUGUACGAUCCAUAUGGUGCACCGUAUCAGUGUUUCCGAUGUAACUGCACCUGCAUUUUCAUCAUGAUCGAUGGAGGUCGCUUUGCGGUAGCUUCUCCAAGGUGAUCCAGUCCCGGUGGAUUGUGGCUAGAGUGUGUGCGUACGCCGGAAGUGAAACCCUGUCACGCACCAAACGUGACACAUUCAAGAACUUGUUGCCAUAGGGGCGAAACAGCAACAUUCUUCACUGCUGUUGAGAACUAGUUUUGUUCUCCUCUCCUGCUAAAGAGAUAAGACGAUAUGCGAAUGCUCGAUACGGGGUUGUGCGAAUCAUUCGCUGGCUAGAAUCAAACCGCAACGACAACAGCCCUAGUGUAGACGUACAGUGAAGUGUUCUUGCCAUACGUUUCCAGCCCAGAAACCGUCUUCAAUUAAUUGUGAAUUGGUUAAGGUUAAACGGUUACAGUUAAGAUCAGUAUCAUUAUGUGGUGAAUAUAACAAAAAACCAUUCUACUAUACCAAGUGUUAAUAAUGGCCGUUAAACAGUGUUCAGACAUAGUUUCACCGAACGAUCAACUCAAUAGUUCAAGUUCUGUGUUUCUUAGUUCUCGAUCGUCAACACGCUUUUUACCGGUUACAUUUGAAAAUGAUGAGCCUAGAUACGAUACCGCCAGCAAUCACCAAAGCUUCUACACGUUGCAACAAAAAUGUCUCACCCAGCGGCAACUUUUCGAAGAUCCCGAGUUCCCCGCUUCGGACGCUUCCAUUGCGAUGCCCCGAAUCUCAGCCGUUCGGUGGAAACGGCCGAAGGAAAUUUCUCCCACUGCUCGAUUCUUCGUUGACGGAGCAUCCCGGCUGGACAUCUGCCAGGGUGCGCUGAACGAUUGCUGGUUGCUUACUGCUGCUGCCAACCUGACCGCCCAUCCGUGGCUGUUCAAGCGUGUACUACCGGUGGACAACAGCUUUUCCGCUGAGCAGUACGCUGGCAUUUUCCAUUUUCGCUUUUGGGAGUUUGGUCAGUGGGUGGAUGUCGUGAUCGACGAUCGGCUGCCAACAGACACCAACGGUAAGCUUCUGUUUGGUAGGUCUGCCAACGGGGACGAGUUCUGGAGCGCCUUGCUGGAGAAGGCGUACGCGAAAUUUUACGGUUCGUAUGGAGCGCUCGAUGGUGGCACGGCACGGGAAGCUAUGCAGGAUCUUACCGGAGGGUUAACCGAAUUUUAUCAGCCCAAGAAGAUGGUUGGCAGGGAGGAACAGCUGUGGGAUAUACUGAGAAGUGGAUCCGAGAUGGGAUCUUUGUUUGCUUGCAACUUGAAGAGUGACCCAACGGGAGAAAACGUUGCUACCAAGGAGGGCCUGCUCCGUGGACAUUCGUACUCCAUCACAAAGGUGCACACGAUCGUGGGUUUGGUGAGUGAUGCCGAUCAUAUCCGAUUGCUGCGGGUACGCAACCCCUGGGGAACCGGUGUGGAAUGGAACGGAAGAUGGAGUGAUAAGUCACGCGAAUGGAAAGCUCUCAGUUCGGGCGAAAGGAAGCAAAUUGGAUUAACGCUUGAAAAUGAUGGCGAGUUCUGGAUCGAGCUGAACGACUUUAUGAAACAAUUCGAUCGACUAGAGGUUUGUCAUCUUUCGCCGGAACAGCACAGCGUUGAUGAAGACAUGGGCGAACGGACUUCAAAGCAUUACCGCUGGGAACUGAGCGCACUGGACGGUCAAUGGAUACGUGAUACAACUGCCGGUGGCAAUGUGUCGUUUCUCGAUACGUUUUCAAUCAACCCACAGUAUACGGUGCACGUGCAGGACGGUACAGCCGCUUCCGGUGUCGUUAUUGCGCUGAUGCAAAAGUAUCGCCGAGCGGACGCACUACCAAGCCUUACGAUCGGCUUCAUCGUGUACAAGGUGACGAGUGAAGAUUUGCGCCAGAAACCCGUCCCGAAGACGUUCUUCCAGCAGCACGAUCACGCUAUCGUCGGUGGAUCGAUCUUUAUUAAUGCGCGGGAGAUAAGCUGCCGGUUAACACUCGAUGCCGGACUGUAUCUUGUCAUUCCUUCUACAUUCGAACCGGGAGAAGAAGGUGAUUAUUUGUUGCGUAUCUUCACCGCACGAGGUAACACUCUGUGCGAGAACGACGCCAUUCUGUGCUUCGGCACACUCGACGAUCGGGUCACUGAGCAGGGCAAAUUUUUCGACACACCACGUUGGGCUUUGCUUGCGAACGCAUUCUACAAUCGGGCUAACGCUUACCAACAGCUGGAAACGAACUAUUUGCAAGAAAUUCUAUGGGAGCAAUUUUUCCGGCAGAUCUCCACUUCAAAUCAGCUACCAAGGGUGGAAGUGAAACGGACCGGUUCUUCCCCGUUGCGAAAAUUCUACUCCUGUGUUAUGCAGCUGUGUGCAUGCUUCUGGAUGCGAUCGAAUUCACGCAAAACCCGUCAUUAUUGCACCGAGGAACAACCAAUUCAUCGGCAAGAGUUAGAACGGAUUGUUAAGCUUCUGUUAGGCCGUGUUGCUGACGGGCAGGAUACGAUCGGGUACGAACAGUUUCGUACGAUUGUGCGUGACGUUUAUCAGUGGGAAACGGUGUUCCGGUUGUACGAUACGGAUGGUAGCGGUACGCUGGACCGCCGGGAGUUGCGCCAAGCUUUGCGAUCCUCGGGUUUCAACAUAAACAAUCGUAUCCUGUGCAAGCUGUUGCGGAUGGUUGUGGACUUAAACCGAUCACAGAUAGAGCUGAUCGAUUAUGUGCUGUGUGCAGCCGAAUGUCGGCAUGCGAUCGAUGUCUUACAUCAGGAGACAGCUUAAACUUCCACAUCGCAGCGUGUAACGAAACCCCAACGAAAAACGCCAUAAAAUGCAUUUAAAACUAUGUAGACUUAUUCCAGUAAACAUGACUUAAUCGUAUGCUUUUGCAAUCUUAUUCAUAACCAAAACGAAUAAACUAUAAUACACAGCCGACUAAA